AUGGAUAUCCUAAAACUUCUUUCGCGGUCGACAAAACAAAAAGGCAACAAUCAUUCAAGUCGCAUCAGUGAGCCGAAUCUUCCAUCUGCAGGCACCUCUACCAACCCUCAGCUAUUUCACGAUGUCGUCCCAGAAUUGAGAGGGAAGAAGAGGAAGCGGGGUUUAGGAAAGGUUGAGACAAGCGGUCAAGACCAGGGGGAUGGAAAUGAAGAAACACCUAAUUUCUUCGCAGCAAAAGCUUCGAGCGUGGGAAUAAAAAGUGUCGAGACUCCCGCGACCAAUGCGGAUCAAACAAACCCACCUACAAAAGAUCCUCGCGACUCUGCGCCUGUCAAAGUGCUCGAGGAAGGAGAAUGUCGGCAAAUAUUGCGAUCGCAUCGAUUAAAAGUAACUCUUCUGCCACAGUCAAACUCUGGACCCCGAGCGAAGCGUACGAAAGACGGUAAAGUAUCCAAGAAAAAAGUAAAAACAAAACCUCAGUUCAAACAACUUUAUCCACAACCACUGGCGGCAUUCGGGGACCUCAGAAAGAGAUAUGGAUUAUCAGGGCGCAUGGCAGAGAACUUGGUCAAUAACGGAUAUGUCAUACCAACUGAGGUGCAAAUGGGAAGCCUGCCCUUACUCCUGCAACCAGAUGUAGCACUGGGAGAAGACUCAAAGGAACUUGGUAUUCCCAAUACCACCACCGCCAUUAACUUAUUAUCUGUAGCGCCGACAGGGAGUGGAAAGACACUGGCUUUUUUGAUUCCAAUCAUCAACCGAGUCAUUGAGAGGAGAAGAUCACACGAGAAAGGAAAUCACUAUUUAGAUGCAGUGGUGGUAGCCCCUACAAAGGAGCUAGCAAAUCAAAUCGUCAAUGAGGCCAAGAAACUCAGCCUUGGGACUGGAGUCAAGAUUGUAGGUAUGAGGAAGGGCUUGAAUGUUGUAGGAAGCCAACCUCCGGCAGAUCAGAGCUCGAGUGGAGAUGACGACGAAAGUGAUGAAGAGGUCAAAGGAUCAGAUAUACCCCUAUCACAGCCAGUAGCCAAAGCAGAUAUUCUAGUCGCCACUCCUGGGCUUUUAGCUUCUGCUAUUUCCAGCAAGACUGGCGAGUCCAGCUCACUACCUACUGUACGGACAUUGGUACUUGAUGAAGCUGACGUCCUUCUGGAUCCAUUAUUUCAAGACCAAGUGCUUGGUAUAUGGAAUGCUUGUAUCAACCCGGAACUCCGUGUAACAUUGUGGUCAGCCACCAUGGGAUCAAAUAUCGAGAGCUUAGCCUCUACGACUAUUCAAUCCAGACGAGAAAAGCUUGAGCUCGAUGACGAUGUUCCUACCAUCCGGCUCGUCGUAGGGCUCAAAGAUUCAGCAAUACCAAACAUAAAGCAUACGCUCACAUAUGCCGCCACAGAGCCUGGGAAGCUUCUUGCACUCCGUCAGUUGGUUCAUCCAACUGCCAAAUCAAGCGACGGAGAACACUCUCUUCGUCCCCCAUUCCUCAUCUUCACUCAAACUAUUCCCAGAGCUAUUGCUCUACACUCAGAGCUAUUCUAUGAUAUCCCCGCGGAAGCCGGUGGUUCUUCUCGGAUUGCAGUUUUACACUCCGACCUAUCCGACUCGGCGCGAGACAAUGUUAUGACUAGAUUUCGCAAAGGUGAAAUCUGGAUUCUCAUCACUACCGACAUCCUCAGUCGUGGCGUCGAUUUCAGAGGCAUUAAUGGUGUGGUUAAUUACGACGUGCCCAACUCCGGCGCAGCCUACAUCCAUCGUGUAGGACGAACCGGGCGAGCAGGUCGUAGCGGAGGUGUAGCCAUCACCUUCUACACCAAAGAAGACGUUCCGUACGUAAAGAACAUCGCCAACAUCAUCGCCGCAAGCGAGAAGCAAGCCGGUGUUCCACCCAGUGAAGUGAGCAUGCAGAAGUGGUUCUUAGACGCCCUGCCCAAUCCUACGAAGAAUGAGAAGAAGUCGUUGAAGCUGCAUGGUGUUAAAGCUAGACAGGGCGGCCAAUGGAAAGACAAUGUCGUUGGGAAGUCAGGGACGAGCAAUGCAAAAAUGCAGAUUAGUACGAAGAGUGGAUAUGAGCGGAAAAUGGAACAUAAUCGGAGAGGUGCUAUCGAAGGUAGUAGGAGGAGAGCCCAGGCUGAGAGUAGAGAGGAUGUUGAUGAAACAAAGGAGGACGAGUGGCAAGGUCUUGAUAGCUAG